CCUCAUCCCUCCCCUCCUCCCUCACCACCGUGCGCUCGGGUCCUCCUCUGCGCGCUCUGGGUCUCGCCUCGGACAAACUGCGGCAAAGGCGCUGGAUCACCAAAAAGUCCACCGAAUCGGGUUAAACAGUGCCGGAUUCUGAGGCCGGAGAGGUUUGGACUUUGUUUGUCUGGGACACGCGGGUGUUGAAUUGUUGAGUUUUAUAGUUUUAUUUGCAGUUUAAUCAUGGGGACGCUCGGGGGGCUCCUUGCGCUGCUGUGCGUUUUCCUGACUGGGGCGCAAACGCAGAACCAAAGAAACAAGUUUGCGGAAUGUCCUGUUGACCUUUAUUUCGUCCUGGAUACAUCUGAGAGUGUCGCCCUCAGACAGAAACCUCCCAACUUUUAUAUUGACCAGAUUAAAGAAUUCACCAAGCGCUUCAUAGAUGAACUCCAGGACAUGCGCCACAAAUGUGACCGCAUCCUGACGUGGAACUCAGGAGCGCUGCACUACAGUGACGACGUCAUCAUCGUGCGAGAGCUGAGCGAUUUGAGCACUGAACGUCAGGCUCUGAAGAAUGACAUUGACACCAUCAAAUACAUCGGCAAGGGCACAUACACCGACUGUGCCAUCAAGAGGGGUCUUGCUGAGCUGCUCGUUGGGGGUUCCCACUACCAUGAGAACAAGUACAUUGUGGUGGUGACAGACGGUCACCCCAUCACUGGUUACAAAGAGCCAUGUGGCGGAGUGCAGGAGGCUGCCAAUGAGGCCAAGCAACAUGGAGUCAAAGUGUUUGCCGUGGCCAUCUCACCUGACCAGGAGGACACCCGGCUGUCAGUCAUUGCCACAGACCAGAACUACAGACAGAACUUCACUGCAGCCGAUGACACCAGAUCCACCAAGAUGGGAACCAUCAGAACCAUCAUUGAUAUUAUCACAAACGAGACAAAGGAUGUGUGUUGCUCCUUUGACUGCAAUGCUUCAGGUGGGCCCAAAGGACCAGAUGGAGACUCUGGCGCAAAGGGAGAAAGAGGAAGACCAGGAAUGCCAGGAGAGAAAGGAGAUAUUGGUGACAUUGGCAGCAUUGGAGAUCCCGGCCCCGUUGGUUACAGUGGAAUGAAGGGAGACCAAGGUGUCAAGGGAGGAAAGGGUGAUAGAGGAUCCAAAGGCUACAAGGGAGACAAAGGUCAAGGGGGAAAAGAUGGAACUGAUGGACGCAAGGGUGAAGCUGGUUACCCUGGUCUUCCUGGCUGUAAAGGAUCUCCCGGAGCAGACGGUUUGCAGGGAGAGCCCGGACCAAAGGGAGAUCCUGGUCCAUAUGGUCAGAAAGGAGGCAAAGGAGAUCCAGGAAGAGAUGGAGAAAAAGGAAGGCCUGGGAACUAUGGAUCUCUGGGUCCAAGGGGGGAUCGUGGCUCACGUGGAGCUGAUGGGGACAAAGGAGAGCGCGGCGAUGAUGGCGCACCUGGACCAGAUGGAACUCGUGGUGAAAAAGGACUAGCUGGAGAGAGGGGAGAGCAAGGUUCCCGUGGAAACAGGGGUCCAAGAGGAGAAGCUGGCGAUCCAGGUCCCCGUGGAGAGCAGGGGAGGGAGGGCUCAACUGGUCCCAACGGAGAACCAGGUGAGGUCGGCAAGUCAGGGCCUCCUGGCUACAGAGGAGAUGAAGGACCUCCUGGAGGAGAGGGACCUAAAGGACCAAGAGGAAUCAAAGGAGCUCCAGGAGACAGAGGCCCAAUGGGAGAGAGGGGAGGGGACGGUGUCCCGGGAAAUGGUACCGCAGGUUGUCCUGGUUUCCAGGGUUACCCUGGGUCCCGUGGAGAUGCCGGUGAGCCGGGUGGCAAGGGAACCCCUGGGCCUAAAGGAGAUGACGGCGAGCCUGGAGAUCCAGGCCCUGAUAACAACCAGCCAGGACCUCCAGGACCUAAAGGAGCCAAAGGUCACAGAGGACCUGAGGGCAAAGCGGGACCUCCUGGGCCUCCUGGACCACAAGGAACUGAUGAAUGUGAAAUUCUGGAUAUCAUCAUGAAGCUCUGCUCCUGUUGUGAGUGUAAGUGUGCACCUCUGGACCUGGCCUUCAUCGUUGACAGCUCAGAGAGUAUCGGAGCUUCAAACUUUGCUCUUGCCAAAGACUUCAUCAUCACAGUCAUAGAUAGACUGAUCAAAGACCAACAAGUCAAGUUUUCAGGUAAUGAGUCCAGAGUGAGUGUCGUCCAGUACAGUGGAGCACGAGCCCAGGAAGUCGUCCAACUGGGCAGCAACGCCGUCAGCCUCACUGAAUUUAAACAGGCAGUGAGGGACUUGCGCUGGAUUGCAGAGGCCACAUACACAGGCGAGGCCCUUGAUUUCGCCCUGAACAACACAAUCAAACUGAUGAAACAAGAGAACAGAGUCGUUCUCGUUCUCACCGACGGCCGCUCUGAUAUUAUCAGGGACAAGGUUCCCCUCAACGUCCUCUGUGGUAAAAACGUCCGGGUGGGUGGAUUAGGAGUGAAGGAUUACUCGGGUCGUCAGCCCAACAGGGAGCAGCUUGGAGAUGUGGUUUGUAAGAGUGACCCAAAACCAGGCUUUUCCUUUGUCCUGGACAACUUUGCUGAGCUGCUGGAGGACACUUUCCUGCAGAACCUAACAUCCAGAAUCUGUCAAGAUAAGAGAUGCCCAGACUACAAAUGUCCCAUUAGUUUCGGUGAAAGCGCUGACAUUUUGGUGAUGAUGGACAGUUCAGCCAGUGUGGGCCAGAAGAACUUCGAGACAAGCAAGACCUUUGUCCGCCGCUUAGCCGACCGCUUCCUGACUGCUAAGAGGAGCGCAGGUGCAAAUGUCAAAGUGGGCGUGGCCCAGUACAGCCGAAGUGCCCGCAUGGAGCAGGUGCUGACCACCAAUUUCACUCUGCUGUCCAGUCGACUUGAGGAGGCAGCCUUCCAAAACGAUGGCACCAACGUGUUAGAGGCCAUGGAAUUCGCAGUUAGAAAUUUACGUGGCCGAGGCGAUGCGUCAGGAGGCAUCAAGAAGCUGGUGCUCUUCUCUGACGGCAGGUCUCAGGCCGUCACUGAGCCUGUGCUGGAGAAGCGUGUCCGCGAGGUCUCCGAGGGUGGAGUGGAGCUCUUUGUCAUUGCCGUUGGCAGCCAGGUCAAUGAGGCCAACCUGCGCACACUGGUGAGCAGGGGACGGCCGGAUGACAUCAGCUACGCCCAGCGCCACCUCAUCCGUGUUUCAGAUUACCCGUCUCUGCUCCGCGGGGUCUUCUCCCAGACCGUCUCCCGCAGAGUGUCCAUGCGCUAAAUGCUGGGCCCCACAAAACAGGACCAACUUAAUUUAGAUUUUUAGUCCCAUUAUGAUUACUCCGUCUCACUCAUUUACCAUACACUGUGUUCGAGUACUUUAAAGAAAUGUCACAAAACGACAACUGAUUGUGUGGCAGACAAAUGGAAAUGUCUUCAUGAAAUGUCCAUGGGACUUUUUCAUCCUGAGCCAAGCCUCCAAUAAAGACCAAACCAGGCUGCGCACAAAUUCCAUCUUCUGUCUUGAUUCACUCACCCAUAACCCAGUUCAUGGCACCAUUUCAGAGUAUUAGAGGUUGUUUCAAAAAUAAACGACUGGAAGGAAUUGCUGGGAGGCAAAGACCGGGGUCAAAAUGUCCCAUUUAAAAAAAAAAAAAUGGAUUGCUUCAGUCAUGGAGAGGCUGUAUCUAAAAUGAUUUUUUAUGCUUUCAUUAGUGGGCUGAUCUCUACUCAGGUAUUCUUCAUCCCUGUAUCAUCUUCAGCUUUAUCUGAUGGGAGAUAAAAAUUGAUUUUUGAGGCCAAGCUCUUGUCUCUCCACGACUCAAGCUCCUGGCAUUUGAAAGAUUUGUGUUUACGAUCAAAUGUGGAGUUGUUGGUUGUUGUUUUUUUUUCUUCAUACCACUCUUUCAAGUGGUGCCAGAUGUGUGAGUAAUUUGUUUAUCAUUAAAACACAAGGGAAACAUAGCAGACCUGCUGUGUUUUAUCCUUUUGAAGCUAUUUGGGUAAUUAAUUGGAAAUGUUGUAGCAUACACGGGACUUGGUGAAAACCUACAUCUGGCAUCACUUGAAAGCUCUUAAUAGUCGACCAAAUCAACAGAAUGUGAUGUAUUCUCAAGAUGUAUUCUCAAACAAAAUUCCAACCUGGUUAGGAUGACGACACAACAGCUGGAUUCAACAUGUGUGAUUCUGUCUCAGUGUGUGCAUGCGUCCACACGUGUGUGUCCAUGACAUACAUGACAUGACAUAGUGUGCCUUGUGGUGAGGUAACUUUUUUUUUUAUGUGUGGCCUUGGGCGAUUGUUCUCUAAACAGUUGUUCAGGGGUCAGUGGCUCAGAUGACAGAAAGACAGAAACCUGUUGUUAGGUUCAGCACUGAGGCCUCCAUCACACACACACACUCAUGCAACUUUAAAAUUCAUUAUUAAGGUAGGAAAACAUCUGUCAUGGUUUAUGUCUGGAAAACAAACCUAAUGGGACUCACGCUGAGAGCCCCUCACACUCCCCACACACACACACACACACACUUUAGAUCCCCACAACUGUAAAUUAUAGACCUUACAUUUUGUUGCCAUCAGUGGCUUAGAGCCAAUGUGCUGUUGUUUUUAUUAUCUGUGGUGCUAUUAGUCUCAGUGUAUCAGCCUCUACCCAUGUUGUCCAAGAAGAUAUUUUUCCUGAGGAAACACAGCCUCAGUAGUGUUGUAAGAGCUCCUUCAAUAAAGGUUGCUACACAAAA